ACCACAGAUCAGGCUGUUAUGGUAUAUACGUCGGUAUAACGACCUUGCUGUGCGGUGCGGAAUUCUGAUUCAGUCUUUCGAGUUUUUGUGGCAGAAGUAUCGUAUCCUCAUUUUUACCGUCCGUUAACUGUGCCAAGAGAGGUGGCAUUGUGUUGAGUUUGUCAGUUAGAACACACUUCCAUCUUCCAUUAUCCCGGAUGCACGCCCGAAUGGGAUAUACUACACAGUGGAAAAACAGACAAAUUUCCAUUUGAAGUUUUUACACAUGAAUUAUGAAAGAGACGUGGUCAAGCUCAGUCAGGGUUGUUGAGAAUAUUCGAAUAAGAAAAACUUGAAUCUUGGCGUACAAUUGGUUAAACACGAUCAUUAGCAAAAAAAAAAAAAAAACGACAAACGUGUGUCGCAUCUUUGAUAGCGCUCAAGACAAAAACACAAUAGGAGUAUGGCAUUGUGUUACAGAUUACUGGGAGGCAGGCAAUUGUGUCGGAGCCUGGUACGCAAUUUAUACUCGCAGCCGUGUCGAUGCAUUACACUAAAAGUAACAAAGAUUGAAUCUCCUGUCAAUGAAACCCACGAUGAGAGAAAUGCUAGGCUGGGUCGGCCACAGUCACCUCACCUCACCAUUUACAAAAUGCAACUAACAUCAAUGCUUUCAAUCACUCACCGAAUGACAGGACUAGCUUUGAGUUUCUACAUGACAACUUUGGGUCUAGGUACUCUUGUAUCACCUUACCAGUUCACUGAUUUCAUCACUUGGGUGCAAGAACUGCAUUUGAAUCCAGCAGUAAUCACAGCCAUGAAAGCAAUGAUGGCAUUUCCUCUGGCGUAUCAUAUAUCUAAUGGUGUCCGUCACUUGGUUUGGGAUUUAGGAAAGGCACUGACAAUAAAGGAAGUGUAUUACACUGGGUAUGCUAUGUUAACUGCAGCAACAAUUGUGACAGCAUGGCUAUUGUCACUGUAAUAUAAAAAGUCUUUCCUCAUAACAAUCACACUGGAAGUAGUGCUUGGUGUAGUGUGCAAUUCAAGAAACUGUAGUAUAUGAUUAUGUAAUGGCAGGUAUUGCUUAGGAUAAUAAAUAAUCCACUAAUAAAAUUUACAAGUCUUCUCUGUUACCAUGGCUUGGCCGAAAAUUUGUUAUUUCCAAACAGUCAGUACAAGUAAAAUUGAACUUUAUGCGGACAGUCAAGGGCGAAGCACAGUCACUGAAUUUCAAAGUAAAAGCAGUCAUAAUUUAAUUUCAUUACACCUAUGAGACACGCCAAGACUGACAAUAAAAUGCCAAGAACAAACACAGCACUGGAAGCCGGCUGUUUAAGUGCCAGGUAGAUAGGCAGCUGUGUGUGAUGACGAGCCACAGAGCUAUUAGAUAUCAACACACAAAAGGGGGCCUUGUGUAUUCUGAUGAUGGAGCCGUUGACAUGGACCACAAUUAAAAAUAAUAGGAAGACAGCACAUCUGGUUAAAGAGAGAGUGUGGGACAAAUGGGAGAAACAGAGAUAACCUUCUUGUGGGGGCAGCACUGCAUCAUCUAAAGCCAAUGAAGGGCUUAAGUCACAAUGUGUGACCAUAUACAGAGGAGCAGUCUACUCCUGCACUCAGCCUGUCAGCCUGUGAAGAACUGUUGGACAAUAGUACAAAAAUACAUCCAAUAAGUUUGUGAGUGGGGGGGGGUCGAAAGGAAAAUGUAACAAAGCUUGGGAGCAGGGUGUUCAAGGGUAACAAACAAGACCUUAGAGAGUUUAUUGAGACUGUAGACACAGCAUUUUAAUUAGUUAAGCCAUAGGAACACGAAGCAUUAUUGAAAUUUGUUAAAGCUGAAAUAGAUUACUAUGCGUGCAAAAUAUUCUAAGCAAAGCAAGGAAAAGGUGAUUGAUCUUGUUGUGGGCAAGCAGAAUUGACGAGAUGCAAAGAGAUUUCUGGGAAGCCGUAAUUCGAGUUACAAGUCGGGAGAACAUGACAGGUGCUGUAGUGUCGGUAGACUCGUUGAGAUGAGCUUGUUUUAUUCAGGGCCUAAGUAAUGCUAGAAUUCAUACAAUAGUGUGAAGCCAAGGAGAUGAAAUUGGUUUGACAGCUGCAGUGGAGUUAGCACUGCAAGAGGAAAAUAUGAUAUUAUCAAUGAAAGAGUGGGGACUGGUCCCGAGGGUAAAGUUUAACUGUGAAAUAGAAACGGUAAAGGGGCCAAAAGAAAUUAAGGAUUUAAAAUGUGUUACAUGCGAUUUGAGAGAGCAUGUUGCAAGAAAAUGUAGGAAGAAUAAGAUGGGGGAGAGUAAGGGUGAUGACAGGUAGAAUUCACUAACUUUGUUACAGAUGUGACAAGCAGGGUGACACCAAAGCAGAGGAAGUGCAGCAGAGCUCCGAUGCCAACAAAACCGGCAAAAGCACAGGGAAACUAAAAAAUGACAAAACUGCACAGUUGGGCAUUGUAGCAGUAAGCAAGCCCACAGUUACCCUCAUAGGCUGUGCCACAAAGAAUGAUUUUCUGUUAUUAUAGUGUAUAGAGUUAAGAAAGUACUUAAAGCUAUUGAUAGACACAGGAACACACGUGUGUUUGUUAAAGAGAAUGAGUAUUCAAGUUAAGCAUAGAGUUAGAGUAAAUGAAGUAGAAAGGUUUAGGUUGAAAGGUGUAACGAGUUAAGCAGUUAAGUACAGUAGGGGUUUAGUGUAGAUACGUUGAAGUGUGGAAGGUGCUGUCAGAAAACUCAGGCAGUAGUUUCAUGUAUGGCUCAGGACUAGACAUUCCAUAUAAUGGAUUGAUACAUAGAGACUUGCUAACACAGCAUAAGAUUAAGUUAGACUAUGCGGAGAAAGUUGUAAGACAAUAAGGGUGAGCUAUACCCCUGAUAGUAGAAGAGGAACUGAGAGGUUAUGAGUCCGAGGUGAGUCAAGAAUCUGACAGGGAAAUAGGUCCCCAAGAAGAAAAAAUAAUGUCAUUGAGAGUGGAAGGCAAGGUGCCAGGAGAGAGUGAAAGGGAAAUGAUGAAAUUACAGAAGCAACAAAGAGUAGAGCAUUUAAAUGCUGAGGAAAGGAGUGCAUAAUUGGAAGGGUGUACUGAGUAUGGAGACAUUUUACAUCCAGACUGUUUAUAUUUUAGAAUCAAAUAAAUAUGUCUUAAAGAUAGGUAUGGAAAGAUUAGAGAAUUUAUUUUUAUUUGUACAGAGUAAUUACACUACAGAGAGAGAUUGCUGAUAGGAAAGGAGAGUAUGAGAUAUGAAAGGAGAGUAUGAGGUUUGUUAAAAAAUUCUGGAACAUUUGUAAUUUUGCACCAGUGGUGUGUUGGAACGAAAUGCGGUUGGCAUCAUUGCACACACCUGUGUUUAAUGUGUAAAUGCUGGAAGUUUCAUUGUUGUAUGUCCGUUAGUUAUUGUUCAGUACUGUAUUGAGUAGAAUGUUGUAUCACACAGUUUGCAAAUUUUGAGAUGGCAGAGUUAGAGGAGCAAAGCAUCUCCAUUAAAUUUUGCGUGCAACCCAAGAAAACCUUUACAGAUACACACCAAAUGAUGCAGGAAGCCUUCGAUAAUGAGUGCUUAAGCUGUACGCGGUGUUAUGAAUGGUUCACAUGGUGAAAAAUGGCCGGACUUAAGUUAAAGAUGAUCCUCAUUCAGGAUGACUUUCCAUGUCUAUCAACAAUGUUCACGUCAGGAAUGUCAACAAAAUUGUGUAUGCCAUGUGAAGACUGACUGAUCGAGAGAUUGCAGGAAAAUGUAACAUUUCAGUUGGAUCAGCAGAAAAAUGUAACAUUUCAGUUGGAUCACUUCAUGAAAUCCUGACACAGCAUCUCAGAAUGCAUUUUGUUGCUGCCAAGUUUGUCCCAGGGCUCAUGAGUCAAGACCAGAAAGACCUUUGCCUCAUAAUCUGUGAAGAGCUUUUGGAUCGCGUGAAUGAGAAUGAGAUGUUUUUUAAGAGAAUCAUAACUGAUGAUGAGAUUGAAUCUACCAUUAUGAUGUUGAGACCAAGGUUACGUCUUCAUAAUGGAAUGGGAAAGGUUCUCCAAGCCUAAAACAAGCUUGUCUGGUCAGGCCAAAUGUCAGAGCCAUGCUGACAGUUUUCUUUGAGUUUAAAGGAUUAUUUCAUCAUGAAUUUGUGCCACAGGGACAAACUGUUAAUCGAUGGUACUAUCGGGACAUGUUGCAACACCUGCGAGAUAAUGUGAAAAGGAAAUGACGUGAAAUGUGGCGAGACAAUUCAUGGCUUUUGCACCAAGAUAUCAGACCUGCACACCCAUUCCUGUUGGUGCAUAACUGUUGCACAAAAAAAGAAAUCACUGUGUUGCCUCAUCCUCCGUACUCUCCAGACCUGGCCCGUGCAGACUCUUUUUCAUUUCCAUACUUGGAAACCCCAUUGGAAAAAUGAAGAUAUAUGACGACAGACGAGAAAUGAAAAUUCGCAGGUGGUGCUUCUCCAGCAAGAGGUGUACCAAGACUGCUUCUGGGAGUGGAAAUGGCAUAUCAUUUGUGGAGGAGAGUAUUUCAGAGGAGACCAUGCACAAUAAGUAAAAGACAAACGUAGAAAAAUUUUGUGGACAAAGUCCCAAAAUAUUUUGAACAAUCGUCGUAUGUUUACAUACAGCCAGAAAAAGAAUUCUUGCUGAUAGAUGAGUCCAAAAAGCAAUAUGCAAAACUUUUAAUGGAGUAGUUGAACUGCAAAGAAUUAAGUAAGAAGUGGCAGCUGUGCAGAAAGUUCUUUGCAUUAUUAUCAACUGUUGAUCAUGAAGAAUGCAAAGCAAAACUGUUGCAACCGGUGAGAGAAAUUCCAGAACACUGCAUGUGUAGAGUAGUUGCACUGAACCAAAGCAUUUGGACGAAUUUAACCAGUAUUGAAUGGUUAUACAUAGAACCAAAAGCAGGAUUAACAGUUUUAUGUGAGAAAGAAACUCCUAAGAAUCUACUAAUGAAGGUUGUAGGUAAAAUAAGAUUUAAUAGUAAAUGUAAGGGUACAGAACAAGAAUAUUUGGAGAAACAGAUAGUGAUUGACAGUAGCAUAACCAAUAAAGAUGUAAUACUAUAAAUAAAUUUAGAAUUUGAUUGUUGUAUUGUAAAUGAGGAAAAGAAAACCAUUUCAGAGUUAAACUUAGAUUUAGUGUUCGAACAUGUAGUAACUCAAUCACUACAAAUGUUAAGUGAGACAUUAAUCAUACUAUUUAUAGUAAUAUGUGGUUGUAGACAGUGUAAAUGUUGUAAAGAAUGUUUUAAGAUUAUGUGGAAAUAUUUCUGAUUGUUGUGGGAAGAUAUGUAUACAAAAAGCUAUUGUGAAUCAGUGUGCUUAAACCAGUUUGGUCCAGAGAUUGCUCAGUAGAGAGACUGAAGAAGUAGAUAUUUACGAAAAGUGUGCAAAGGACAUUAAUAUGAAAAGAAACUGUAAAAUACAUGAGUAAAAUGUACGUGUUUCAAAGAAAAAAUGUAAGGAACAGUAAGAGCCAAUGAAACAAAUGAAAUGAAUGUACUUGUAAAAUAAAUAAA